UUGAGAGCAGCAGACACACAAGCUACAACAAACAUGAGCGUAUGGACAGAUUGGCUGGACAUCUUCCCAGUCGUGGGUACACUCCAGAACACGGUUGAAGCUAUAUCAGCCAUCUGUCAUGGCGCCUAUGACCUUGCAAAGGAAAAUGGAGCCGAUGCAGCUCUGAGCCUUGUGCUGGAUGUCCUCACAUAUGGGACAGCAGGUGCCCCGGAUUCUGCACACCUUAAAGUUGCUGAAAAAGUCGUAAUGAAGGGUAUUGGGCCCAAAGAAGUCAUGAAUGCCAUGAAAGGAAAAGGUGGAAAAUCCGGGAAAGGAGGAGCUACAAAAUCCAUGAAAGGAGCUGGUACAAAACCUGCUGCUACUCAGAUUAACAUCAAAGAAUUGACCAACAAAUCCAAAAAGCCAUCAGACCCAAAGACCAGUAAAGGGGAACAGAAGAAGCCAUCGCAUCGUGGCGAACAUGUCAUCAACAACAACGUGCUGAAGGUGUUUCGGACAAUCAUUGACCGAUUUGCUGCUAGGAUUGGAAGCACUGCAGCUCAACUGCUUGAAAAUAAAGAACACACAGCAGCUUAUAAAGCAUAUCACACGCCUCUUCCUGCAGCCACCACCCAGUCAAUCGGCCACCAGAUGGUUGCUCAUAUUCGAGAAGAAGACCAAUACAUUGAUGCCAACGCAACUACCUAUGGUAUAGCCAUUGGGGAGAUAUCUGACAUGGUGGUCACUUAUAUGUACGACUAUUACUCCAACAACUUUUACUCCGGUCCUGCCGUUGAUAGGAGCAUCAUCGAUCUGAUUCGUUUACUGAACAACGGCCAGUUGUAUGUGGACGAGUACGCCAAACAGUACUGGCUUCAACAGGGCGGGAACGUGAACAAGUUUGAAGAGUGCAGGCAAGAAGUCGUGCAGAUGUUUAGAUGUCUGUGUGCACCGACAAGCGGGGAAAACGAGGCGAAGCAGUGGGUGCGUGAUCUUACUGGUCACAUUUAACAGUUACAUUGAUGUUAUCACCAGCUAAACAGGUUUCUUCUAACCAAAGAUUCCACGUCAGAUACUGAUACUGGAAAAAGCUCAACUCAACAGACUUUAGUUGUCAUGUCGUGGGGAGAGCACACCUAACUCUAUACUGAACUUUGAGGAUAUCUCAACUAUGCUGACCUCUGAUGCCAUGUUACUUUUACUAACGUCUUUAAAUCUACCCAGAUCUGCUCAGUCUAAAGGACAUUUUAAGAUUCUAAGUGUACAGGCUUUGAUGCCAAGUCAAGUUACUAUGAAACACCUAUCUAUGCAGACAUUUCACACCAUGAUACCAUACUAUUCAACUCUUGACUGUACUCACAUAGGAUGCCGUUAUACUUUACCACGAAGCAAAUAUUUUCGCAGACAUUUCACACCAACACACCACACUAUACGACACUUGACUGUACUGACAUUGGAUGCCAAGGCAUGGCGUUGUAACAUCAUUCAUUAUGCAGACAUAUCACACCAACACACCACACUAUACGACACUUGACUGUACUGACAUUGGAUGCCAAGGCAUGGCGUUGUAACAUCAUUCAUUAUGCAGACAUAUCACACCAACACACCACACUAUACGACACUUGACUGUACUGACAUUGGAUGCCAAGGCAUGGCGUUGUAACAUCAUUCAUUAUGCAGACAUAUCACACCAACACACCACACUAUACGACACUUGACUGUACUGACAUUGGAUGCCAAGGCAUGGCGUUGUAACAUCAUUAAUUAUGCAGACAUUUCACACCAACACACCACACUAUACGACACUUGACUGUACUGACAUUGGAUGCCAAGGCAUGGCGUUGUAACAUCAUUAAUUAUGCAGACAUUUCACACCAACACCCCUCACUAUACGACACUUGACUGUACUGACAUUGGAUGCCAAGGCAUGGCGUUGUAACAUCAUUAAUUAUGCAGACAUUUCACACCAACACACCACACUAUACGACACUUGACUGCGCUGACACUGGAUGCCAAGGCAUGGCGUUGUAACAUCAUUGGUUAUGCAGACAUUUCACACCAACACACCACACUAUACGACACUUGACUGCGCUGACAUUGGAUGCCAAGGCAUGGUGUUGUAACAUCAUUAAUUAUGCAGACAUUUCACACCAACACACCACACUAUACGACACUUGACUGUACUGACAUUGGAUGCCAAGGCAUGGCGUUGUAACAUCAUUGGUUAUGCAGACAUUUCACACCAACACACCACACUAUACGACACUUGACUGCGCUGACAUUGGAUGCCAAGGCAUGGCGUUGUAACAUCAUUAAUUAUGCAAACAUUAGAUGUAAAUAAGGGACCCCGGUACAUCCAGACAUGACCCUUCGAUGCCGUGCUCAACCGACACAAUCGAGCAAUAUGCAAAGGCUCGAGGACUUGAAAAUAAAACGUGGCCUGAAUAUGACCCUAUGUACUGACGACUGAACGCCCUGUGGGCAGAAAUUCUGAGACCAUAACACUUGUGCCAUAACAUAAAACAACGGGUUUGGGGAUUAGUCAAAUGUUGAAACAUGUUAUCGAUGACAACCUUUAAUGGACACUACUUGCUUAGAUAGAUGUUUUCUUAAUCAACGCCCACGUCAGUCUUGAAGCUUGAAGGCGCCUGAAACAGCUGUAGGUAUAUUGCCUCAUUAUGCUGCAAUUAGGCGGACCAGGUCCAUGCGGAAAUGGUUUUAAAUAGCGUGAGGUGAGGUGGGGUGAGGUGAGGUGAGGUGAGGUGAGGUGAGUGAGGUGAAAUUGGGUUUAACGUCGUGCUUGUGAAUAUUUCGCUCAUAUGACGACGUGCAUGCGUGUGUAUGUGUAUGUGUGACUGCUUGUACUAGCCCAGACUUAAGCUGGUGUAUAUUGCUGGUGUAUAUUGCUAAUGCUAGCCCACUGAGAUACCAUGCCGCAGUGAAGCAUGAAUACCCCACUCAGACACAGUAUACUGACUCCGAGCCAACCAGUCCUUCUUGUACCCAUUAAUGCCGAGCGCCAGACAGGACCAACAAGUACAAUAUUUUAACGACUUUUGGUAUGACGCGGUCGGGGAUCGAACCUGCGACCUUCCGCUCUCCGGGCGGGCGCUCUAACCACUACACCAUGCAGGCGGUCAAAUAGUAUAAGAAUAUUGUAGGUAUGUGCGGUGUUGCUUUUACAGGACGGCCUGUUUCCACCUGACUGAGUAGGUUUGAAAAUACCCUAUUAUGGAACAUUGGAUUUUUGCCCUCAUCACUGCUGUAUGAUAUAAUAAUAUGCAGUGGCAUUUGUAUGUGCUAAUGUGAUAAAAAUAAAUCGUGAAUUAU